AUGCCACUGUCUUUCUCUCAACCAUGCUCCUUAGGGGCCCUUCUGCUGCUGCUGGUAUCAAACCUCCUUUUAUGGGAAAAUGUGGUCUCUGUGCCUUUUAGUAGUGAUGAGACUGAUGAUGAUCAGCUACACCUGAAGGAUCUGUUUGAUCAUGCCCUGAUACUGUCUCAGGAUAUCAGUAAGCUUAACACUGAAAUGCGCAGGAUAUUUACCAUCAGUGAGUCGUCUGCAAAAUUUUUUGACAAAUUUCUAAGUUCGUCAUCAGAGUCAUCUGACCAAUUCAUGUUUGAGUUUCUUGGAGGUAAGGAGUUACUGGUUAAGACUCUCACCUCCUGCCACAAUUAUUCCAUCAAAACUCCAGAAAACGUGGACGAAGCCCAAAAGAUCUCUCUUGAAGACUUUCCAAAACUGAUACUCAGUAGAGUGCAGGCUUGGAACGACACUCUUGACAACCUCCUGACCAUAGUUGGAAGUAUGCCAGGAAUGCAUGAUGACAUCCUUUCAAUAGCCAAAGACGUUAGGACAAAAAAUGCAGAGCUUUUUGAGGAUGCCAAGAGUAUACUCAACAAGGUUUUUGGAACAAUAGAAAAUGUGGAUUAUACCUUCUGGUCUGGUCUUGAAGACUUUCAGUCAUCUGAUGAAGACUUCCGCUUUUUUGCUCUUUGUAAAUUAUCCUAUUGCUUGCAUGUUGAUAUUAAUGCAGUUGACCUUUCUCUCAUGCUCUUGGGGUGUGUGGUGCUUGUUGAUAGUGACAUCUGCUCAUCCUCAAGAAUUGGAGAAUAUUCAUGA